AUGGCUUCCAAAGUCUUGAGCUUUUCUAAGGGCCUGAAUGGCUUGGCAACAUCUAAAAAUGUCUCUAAUCUGUUGAUAAAGAGAUGGUGUACCGCAGCACACACCCUGGCGGUGAGAAACAACAUUGAAAAGAAAAGAAAGCAAGCUUUAUUGGGAGGGGGUCAAAAACGGAUAGACAAACAACACAAAAAGGGUAAACUGACAGCCAGGGAAAGAAUCAACUUGCUAUGUGACCCAGGGACCUUCAGAGAAUAUGAUAUGUUCAUGGAACAUGACUGCGCAGACUUUGACAUGGAAAAGGAAAAGUAUUCGGGAGACAGCGUUAUUACAGGACAUGGUCGAAUUAAUGGACGUCUUGCCUUUAUGUUCAGUCAAGAUUUUACUGUGUUUGGCGGCAGUCUGUCUGGAGUCCAUGCCAAAAAGAUAUGUAAGGUGAUGGACCAGGCCAUGUUGGUGGGUGCCCCAGUUAUCGGACUGAAUGACUCUGGGGGUGCCAGGAUCCAGGAGGGGGUAGAAUCUCUAGCAGGUUAUGCUGACAUAUUUCAGAGAAAUGUUAUGUCGUCUGGUGUCAUACCACAGAUCUCUCUCAUUAUGGGCCCCUGUGCAGGUGGCGCAGUGUACUCACCCGCAUUGACAGAUUUUACGUUCAUGGUGCAGGACACAUCUUAUCUGUUCAUCACUGGACCCGAGGUCGUCAAGAGUGUCACAAAUGAAGAUGUCACUCAAGAGGAGCUGGGCGGAGCCAAAACUCACACCACAAUUUCUGGCGUUGCCCAUGAAGCGUUCAACCAUGACAUUGAAGCCCUACUGAGAAUGAGAGAGUUUUACAAUUUCUUACCAUUGAGCAACAAGGAUCCUGCCCCCAUCAGACACUGUGAUGAUCCCUGGGAUCGCCUGGUGCCUGGACUUGAUACCAUAGUCCCACUAGAGACAACUGCAGCCUACGACAUGAAGGAGGUCUUGCUUGGGGUUGUGGAUGAGAGAGAUUUCUUUGAGAUUAUGCCUGGGUAUGCCAAGAAUAUUAUUGUGGGCUUCGCCAGGAUGAACGGUAGAACUGUAGGGCUUGUAGGCAACCAGCCUAAAGUGGCAGCAGGCUGUCUUGACAUCAACUCGUCUGUGAAGGGGGCUAGAUUUGUUCGAUUCUGUGAUGCCUUCAACAUCCCAAUCAUCACAUUUGUAGAUGUCCCAGGAUUCCUGCCAGGAACCGCCCAGGAGUAUGGAGGUAUCAUUAAACAUGGUGCUAAGUUAUUGUUUGCUUACGCUGAGGCAACUGUCCCAAAAAUCACCAUCAUCACCAGAAAGGCAUAUGGUGGUGCCUAUGAUGUCAUGAGCUCUAAGCAUCUCCGAGGCAACACAAAUUAUGCCUGGCCCACAGCUGAGGUGGCAGUUAUGGGUGCCAAGGGUGCUGUUUCGAUCAUUUUCCGUGGUGAUCCCAAUGUUGCUGAAGCAGAAGAAGAAUACAUUGAAAAGUUUGCUAACCCCUUCCCUGCAGCUGUCAGAGGUUUUGUUGAUGACAUCAUUGAGCCGAAUCUGACACGUCGUAGAAUCUGUGAAGAUCUCGAUAUGCUACAAGGAAAGGCACAAGAAAACCCAUGGAAGAAACAUGCAAACAUACCACUAUAAACUAUUUGAUAUGGUGUCUAUGAAAUGUGAAGAUUUAGUGGAUACAAUGUGGUCAAUAUUUUGAGGAACUUGCUAGCUAUAGCUUUACCAAAUAUGGACAUUGCCGCACGUUUUAAACUGACUCAAUUUGAAGAAUCUUGCUAGCUUGUCUCUCCAGAAUAUGGACAUUUUAUCGAUGUAUAGUAUUU